AUGCACAUUAAGGUGGGGGAUGUUUUUACUUUGUAUACAACCAACUGCCUCGGGUAUUGGUACAAAUAUACCUUGGCUCUCAAUAUUAUCGCCAAUAAAUAUAACAAGUCUAUCCUUGACAGAAAUCUCAGCUCAGAAAAAGCACUACAAAUCAGGCUACUACUACCCUUAUUCUGUGUAUCACGAGCAGACGAGAUCUUAAUUCCUAUUCCACCGGUUUUGUAUAAGAAAUUUCCGGAUUAG